AUGGCGUCAUCUCUACCAGUGAAGGAGACGAAGCUCAUGGAUGUGAAGUUAGGAGAGCUGCCAAGCUGGAUGCUGAUGAGGGAUUUCACCCCUAAAGCCAUCACUGGAGAAAUUCAAAGAGGUUACUAUCGGUAUUACAAGUACCUGUAUGCCAGAGCGCGUGGAAAGGGGGGCAUUGCUGGGAUUUCUAUGGUGCUGGCAGCUUAUGGGCUAUUCAACUACUAUUCUUAUAAGGAACUCAAACAUGAGCUGCUAUGCAAGUACCACUGA